AUGCUCAGGCUGCGGAUCCCGGCGCACGAUGGCGCUGGGCUAGCUGCAAUCUCUCCGUCUCCUGUGCCGUAUGGCGGUAUCGGCGUUCCCGAACUCGCAGUAGCGGAGCGACUACAGCGUCGCACACACAGCGAGUUAAUCAGAACAGGCCUGUCCGGAAAAGAAUUGCCGCGUAACGCAUUAAUUGCGCCACAGGAGACGGAGACGCAGCAACAAUAG